CUAAUUCUAGUUUACAAUAUGGUCCAACAUUCUCAACGAUUAAAUCGCGGCCUAAGACUUGAGCACAAUGUUUGGACACUGUUAAGCUUAUGGGUACAAUUAAUCGAGCACGUCAAACGAUUUUUUAACUCUAAAUUAUACACAAAGUAUUAAAUUAUGCCUGGCCAACAAAUCGGACCCUAAUCUAGUUGGUCUGUAGAUGGUUCUUCGUGUUUUCCCAUCAGACCCAUUAUUAUUACAACAUAUCUUAUGUCCUUUUCAUUUCCUGCCUAAUAAUAUUGAAUAGUCUACUCUUUUUUUUUUUUUUUAGAGUAUAGAGUAAGGUUUGAAAUUCAGAUUCGACUAUUCUAAACUUCGUAAAAUUUCAUCUAAAACAUCAUCAUUUUAUUCCUUGACGGGAAAUGAAACCCCAAGUCUUAUGAUAGCAGAUUAGCAGGGAGGACGGACUAAUACAAAACAAAGUUUGGAACUAAUUAAUCAAUCCCACCUAUAAUAACAAUCAUCAAAUAAUGCCAAGAAAAAAGCUUGGUAGAUAUGGACUAAGCUAUCAUUAUCCAUUAAUAUUUUGCAGAAAAAUUAAUGAAUAAAAAUGAUUGAAGAGGUAAAUUACUUGCGUACGUCAAAUAAAAUCGAAUUAGUCGGCAGAGAGAAAGAGACAAAUUACAAUUAGACAAGUAAUCUGUUAAUUAAUUAAUUAAAGAGGUUUUUGUAGGGGAAUAAUCGGGGAGAGAGGGAAAUACAGAGAGACGUGCCGGUGAGUAACUGUCUCCGCACAGCUCUUAACUAUUUUUCCCGGCAAAAUAUCCCAACUCCUCCAAUUUAAUCCCCUGCGGACAGUACCACCGUAAACCCUCACGGUCAAAUCUCAUAUCACCCAAUCGUCCGGUUGAAAACAAAGCCAGAAACCCCUUAUCACGCCGUCAGCUUCCCUCCUCCGUCAAUCUCUGGAUCCGUCGCAUCUCCUCCUUCCGUUUAUUUAAUUCCGUUAUCCCCCGCAUCGUCCGCUCAUUCUUUCAAAAACUAUUUUCCCCUUUCUCUUUCUCUUCCAGAGCUUUCUUCUCCAUUUCCAGAGCCUUUCUUUUCCCUCCCUCCCGAGAAAAGCAAGUUUCCCCCCUCGAAUUUGCUCGCCGGAAUCUCCUUCCCUGCUAGCUCGUAGCUCCGUUCGCCGGCUUUCUUCACCAGCUCGUCUGCAGAAUCCUCUCUUCUUCGACUUGCCUGUAGCAGUUCGCGGCGUCCUCUGUGAAUUGAGAUACAAAAGGUGAGCUGAGAGGAGGUUUGGGGGGAGGAGGAGGAAGACUAAUUUUCCGAGCAACCAAACAUAAGAAUUUUGAUUUUCUCACAGUUUUAUUGUUUUGUUACAGCAGGUGAGGGAAUGGACGGUUCAGAGACUUGAAGAAAAAUUAGGGAAUUCCGUUUGAAAAUUUUCUCUCCUGUCUCAAUAAGGAAUCAGAAUUUAUUCCCACUGCACAUUGUGUUGUGUGAAAUCAAUUCUGCGGCCAUCACAAUUUGGUUUCUGUACACCGUUGCCAUUUUCGAUUAAGAAAGAGGGGAGGAGGAGAAUUGAACCGGGAAAGGAAUCAGGAGUACAAAAAUGGAGCUCGUAAGCUCAAUUACGACGAAGCUGCAGGGGCUUUCCACAUCGGACCACGCCUCCGUGGUCUCCAUGAACUUGUUCGUCGCCCUGCUUUGUGCUUGUAUAGUCAUUGGUCAUCUUCUAGAGGAGAAUCGAUGGAUGAAUGAGUCCAUUACUGCCCUUUUGAUUGGUGUGUGCACUGGGGUUGUGAUAUUGCUGGUUAGUGGAGGGAAAAGCUCGCAUCUUUUGGUGUUCAGUGAGGAUCUUUUCUUUAUCUAUCUUCUGCCGCCUAUCAUAUUCAAUGCCGGGUUUCAGGUGAAAAAGAAGCAAUUCUUCCGGAACUUCAUCACCAUCAUGUUAUUUGGUGCUAUCGGUACAUUGAUAUCUUGCUGCGUUAUAUCCUUAGGGGCCAUUCAGUUCUUUGGUAGAAUGGACAUUGGUGAAUUUGACGUGGGGGACUACAUAGCACUUGGAGCAAUAUUUGCAGCAACAGAUUCUGUAUGCACGUUGCAGAUUCUUAAUCAGGAUCAGACGCCUCUACUCUACAGUCUUGUAUUUGGGGAAGGUGUCGUAAAUGACGCUACGUCAGUGGUGCUUUUCAAUGCAAUUCAGGGCUUUGAUCUUGUCAAUCUUAAUCCACACAUUGGUUUGGAGUUCAUUGGCAACUUUUUGUAUUUGUUUGUUACAAGUACUUUGCUGGGAGUUGGGACUGGAUUGGUCAGUGCUUACAUCAUAAAAACCCUCUACUUUGGAAGGCAUUCAACGGAUAGGGAGGUUUCUCUCAUGAUCCUUAUGGCAUAUCUUUCGUACAUGCUUGCUGAGUUGUUCUAUUUGAGUGGGAUUCUCACAGUAUUUUUCUGUGGAAUUGUCAUGUCCCAUUAUACAUGGCACAACGUGACUGAGAGCUCGAGAGUAACGACAAAGCAUGCAUUUGCAACCUUGUCAUUUGUUUCUGAGAUAUUUAUAUUCCUCUACGUCGGUAUGGAUGCCUUGGACAUUGAGAAGUGGAGCGCCGUGAGUGACAGCCCCGGAACAAUAGUGACUGUGAGUUCAGUAUUAUUAGCCCUGGUCCUUCUGGGAAGAGCAGCUUUUGUCUUCCCCUUGUCCUUUUUAUCGAACUUAUCUAAGAAAUCACCGAAUGAUAAGAUCGAUAUCAAGCAGCAAAUUGUCAUAUGGUGGGCUGGCUUGAUGAGAGGUGCUGUAUCUAUGGCACUCGCUUAUAACAAGUUUACCAGUGGGGGGCACACUCACUUGCGAGGGAAUGCUAUCUUGAUCACUAGCACCAUCAUUGUUGUUCUUUUCAGCACAGUGGUCUUCGGUUUGAUGACUCAACCUCUCAUAAGGUUCCUGCUCCCCGACGGGAAGAGCCAGUCGAGCACAGCGGUAUCUUCCCACGCUGGCUCCCCGAAAUCGAUCACAGUGCCCCUCCUGGGCGAGGGGCAGGACUCACUGGAAGAUCUCGCGCAACAGCACCUCAACGGCGGGAACAGACUGCGAGCCCUGCUCACCACCCCAACCCACACCGUCCAUUACUACUGGCGCAAGUUCGACAACGCCUUCAUGAGGCCUGUCUUCGGUGGCCGGGGGUUCGUCCCUUUCGUCCCUGGCUCGCCAACUGAACGCACUUCCGCCAGCAUCACCACUCCCUUUCAGUAAAGAAGAGACGAAAAGAAGGAACAAGAAAGGAAGGAAGGAAGGAAGGGACUCCCAAAGGGUACAAAAUUGUACAAAAAUGGGUUAAUGGUAAUAUAUCUCAGCAGACAAACAUGGCAACAAUGCGACGGCCGCGCUUUUGUGCCAACAUUUUGUAAAUUAGCUCUAUUUCUCUGUGUAUUGUGCAUUUGUGGCUUUAGAGAGAGGAAAGAAACGACGGGAAGUUGGUAUUGGCUAUGUUGUAAUUUUGUCCCAUCCCUUAUUUUGCAUUUUUGACAAAUAUUCAUUCCUCUUCGGUUUGCACUAAUUUUGAUGGAAAAUUCACUCAACCCUUCAUUCUCAUACCCCAUCAGUCAAGGCUUUCCUAUCGAGCCAUUGCCUUCCUCCACAGCAGGUUUUCUUUAUAUUACUUGCUAUGAGGUGCGCUGCUGAUUGCUGACAGCAAUGUCUCUCUCUCUCUCUCUCUCUCUCUCUCUCUCUCUCUCUCUCUCUCUCUCUCUCUCUCUCUCUCUCUCUCUCUCUCUCUCUCUCUUACACAUGUUGAGGGUGAUCGUACUAAAAAGUAAACGGUCUAUUGCAAA